GAUAUUGAUAGAUGUGUAUUCAAACUUUGAAGGAAAAGUGUAAAUGUAACAGGCACCUGUUCUCUUACAUCUUACAUUACUACAAUUUUUUAUAUUAUAUGUAUAUAUAGAACGUCAAUUCUCUCUACGCAAGUUGAGAGGAAUAAUAUAUCAGAGAUAAGCCAGACUUUUUUUGAUAGCACACACAGAGUUACGUAUUAACAAUGCGAUAAGAAUGAAACUCACGUGGUCCAUUAUUGCUCAAUAUUACAGCAUACAGUGCGCCAAGCGUUGUAUUAGCACAAUGACACAUCCAUUAGUUGCAGUAUGUCAAAUGCGAUCAAUAGCUGACAAAAUGAAAAAUUUGGAAAUUGUAACUGAAUUAGCAGCUGAAGCUAAACGCAGAUCAGCUGUAAUAGCAUUCUUCCCUGAAGCUUGCGAUUACUUGGCAGAUAACAAGAAGGAUAUCGUCGCUAUGGCUGAACCUUUGACUGGACAGACAGUGGCAUCUUAUAAAGAGAUUGCUGUUAAAAAUGACAUUUGGUUAUCCUUAGGUGGAAUUCAUGAAGCUUCAGAUACAGAAAAGAUAUACAAUACACAUAUAUUAAUAAAUAAUGUGGGAGAAUUGGUAGCUGCAUACAGAAAAAUACACUUGUUUGACAUGGAUAAUAAGGAUACCGGGGUACGUUUGAUGGAAUCGGAUUAUGUACUGAAAGGAACCCAAAUUGUGCCCCCUGUAUUUACACCAAUUGGCAAACUCGCACUGAGCAUUUGUUACGAUAUGCGAUUUCCCGAGUUAUCGUUAACUUUGCGGAACAUGGGAGCGCAAAUUCUCACUUAUCCGUCGGCGUUCACAUAUCAAACUGGUGCCGCGCAUUGGGAGGUGAUGUUGCGAGCACGAGCUAUAGAGAAUCAGUGUUACGUUAUAGCCGCGGCACAAACUGGCGCGCACAAUAAAAAGAGAGUCAGCUGGGGUCAUGCCAUGAUUGUAGAUCCUUGGGGUGCUGUUAUAACACAGUGUGCAGAAAAAACGAGUAUUGCUGUAGCAGAAAUUGAUCUCACGCUAUUGGAGAAAAUCAGACAAAAUAUGCCGUGUGAAAAACACCGCCGUACUGAUUUAUACUCCAAUAUGGAAAGUUAAAAGUCUAUUUAAUAUGAGCAGAAGAACUUAGUAGAUAAGUAGAUAACUAAGUAGAUAAGCAAUUAGUGUAAUUAAUGGGUCUAAUUAUAUAAUGGAUAUAUUAAUUUUGAUAUAUAAGAUUUAUAAAUAUUCAGCAAUCACAAAUCUAAAGUAAAAUAGCAUUGUUGUUAUUAAUUUUAUAUUUGAGAUUGUUUUAUCACAAUUUCUUAAAAUUAGAGUACAUUGUUAUUGUACUUUAUCAUUUUAUUUAUUAAAAAAAAGAUAAUAUAUAUAUUAUACCUCAAACACA